AUGUUUUCGACGUCCCCGCGGUGGCUAUUGCGGAGGCGUCCCAGCGAGGGCUCAACGCCAUGCAGCGGGGCCGCUCCUGGGCGUGCGGUUCUGGUGCGGAGGCUCUUGCUCCAGGCGUGUGGCAGCCCCUGGACCCCUCCGCCGUGGUCGAGGCCGCAGCCGCGCCGACCGACCGUGGAGUCGGCCAUGCGCGAGGAUGCGCCUGUGUUCGUCCCCGUGGCGAACAUUCGGGAGCCGCUACCACCGCCUCCCGCGGGCCCUGCGGCAAUCAUUUGGCCCCUGUGGGGGAUGUCUGCCCUGCCCGCGGCCGCGGCCCCUGCCGCUGCUGCACAUCGCGAUGCUGAUGGUGAAGGUCCUGGCGCCGCUGCUCGCGCGCGGGUGCCCGCGGGCUUGCCGCGCGACCCUGGCGAGGGGUUGCUUUUCGCCAACGGUUCGGCUGCAGCAGCGGACCCCUCUACAUCCACGCCUUCAGCUAAAGGGCUGUCGCUUUCUCGAGUCGUGGCCUGCGACUCCGAGGAUGACGGUUUGCUGAACGAGUGCGACCUCUCCGACUUCGAUUUCUAG